GGAACUUCAUCUUCGCUGAUUUGUGGUAGGGUGGGGGCGAACGGUAUACUGUGGUAAGGUCUCGGUCUUCUUCGCAGGCGUAGUUCCAGACUACAGUACAGUACAAGAGCGUGGUUUCUUGACCCCAAACUAGGCCUCGAGGUACAGUACAACAGCGCAGAUCACACACGGCACUCCGUGACAGGCGAACGUCGGAAAGCGUGGAGGUAAUUUGUCAGAUUGCACGCUGCGGGUGGAAAGCAGCGGAAAGCUUAAAGACCACGUUCUCUCGCAUCGGGCGUUAGCUAAUUCUUCAUACUGUUGCGUUACGGUCGAAGGCAGUCGUUCCGGCGGCACUGACUCCCAUCGGCUCGCAAUAGCGCCAUUCUUCGCUGCUCAGGUAUCGAGAUUUGGGUAGAAGGAGUAUUUGCGCUCAUAGAGUCCCCAUGUUAGUCGUCGAAUUUCGAGGGAUACGAAUUGUCGUCGUGAGUGUGCAAUUGCACGGGAUUCUCAGAGAUGCCUACACUUGGUCCGCUGUUAAUAGCCGUCUUUGAAGAUUGUUUGUUCUGAUUUUAUUCUGUCAAAGAGACUGCAACGUUUCGCGUGUCUGUGUUCUGAUGCCCCGGCUACGAAAACCUCGUGUGUAUUAGGUUUAAAUUAUAUUGAAGCAGACUGGGUCCUAGCAGCCUCUUUGUUCACGAAAGUACCAUGGCCGAUUCCCCAAGGCGAAGAUACGCUUCUCCUUCUCCGCGCCGGUACAGGUCUAGAUCUCGUUCCCGAAGUCCUACCAGGGAAUACGGAGAGCGACCCGAAGCAAAUAAUCCGGGGAAUAAUUUAUAUGUCACUGGUUUGUCCACUCGGGUCACGGAAAAGGACCUUGAAGACCAUUUUGCUGCUGAAGGAAAGGUCAUGGAGUGCCGACUUGUAGUUGAUCCACGGACGAGAGAAUCUCGAGGUUUUGGUUUCGUCACGAUGGAUUCUUUGGAGGAUGCAGAGCGUUGCAUAAAAUACUUAAACCGCUCUAUCCUUGAAGGUCGUGUUAUUACUGUCGAGAAGGCUAAGCGUAAACGCGCCCGAACUCCGACUCCAGGCAAAUAUCUUGGCGUGAGAAGCGCGAGGGAAAUUUCGGCCUCUCUACAUGAUCAUGACCGCCGACGGGGAAGUCGGGAAGUAUCUCGAGGAGACAGCUAUAGUUCAAGACGGUCUCCCAGAUACUCCCCAUAUCGCGGCGGCAGGGACUACUCACCUCAACAUUCACCAUACAGAGGAGGCAGUAGUGGUGGCCAUAGGCGAGAGCGUUCAUUAUCUCCAUAUCGUAGCCCCCCUAGGCGAGGUUACUCUUACCGCUCGAGAUCUCACUCCAGAUCGCGUUCUUUAACGCCUUAUUAUCGUUGAUUUUCCCGCUGGAAGUCGCGUUCGUUUGCCUGCUGUGUUGUGAAUCCAUUGUUUAUCCACAUGGACUGUCAGGCCGAUAUUACUCCUUUAGUCCAUGUCUGGCACUAAACGGAAUGGAGUCAGGUUUGCCGAAUGUCAUACAAUUGGAGGUCUGGCAGGUGGGCGUUUAGUGGAUGGCGUAUUUCUGUUCCGUCACCAGUAAUAUAGGAGAACUAUCUUAUGUUCUUAAACAUCCGUACGUCGACUCAAAUCGUCUAUCAAGCUGACUGAGAUGUUUUUACCCAUUGAACCUGUACAUGCACGUCAUGAGAAUCUCGUAGUGACCUAGUCGGACUGUCCAAUGAAUCUACCCCAUUCGCUGUCUUCUUAGAUGUAGGUUGGUAGUUGAAUAGAAUGCAGCAGCUUUGUAGGUUGCCAGAUUGGAACUCUAAAAGAUUUUGUAUCGUUGCUGUAAGUGUGAUUGCUUUCGUCAUCACCUUGGUUACAUGUGACCUAGCGAGUCCGGGGUAGAUUGAUUUCCCUGUUGACAAUCGGAUUUGAAUCCAUAAACAAUUGUUUCUUGCGACGCAAGUGGACUGU